GAAGCUGUUUGCACUUCCGGUUAAUGGAAGCGUUAAAUAUGAAGGCUCGUUGUCUCUAAAACACACCGGAUGUAACUGGCUUUUCCGGCGGAACGUUUUCCGUGUGACACCAACAUGAAGAGGGAGGACCGAAUUACACCGAACCGCGAAGACUGCGUUUAUACCAGCUGUUACUGUGAAGAAAAUGUUUGGAAGCUCUGUGAGUUUGUCAGAACGGAGAGAACCGCACUGCUGGAAGAACUGUUCGUGAUUUUCAUCUCUAAUGAGAACAGAAUGAUUCCUCUGUGGAAGCAAAUGUCCGGACGUGGAGACCAGCCAGUGAUCUGGGACUACCACGUCAUCCUGCUGCAGGUUGGUCUUCAGUCAGACCCUCUGGUUUAUGAUCUGGACUCUGAGUUGUCAUUUCCCUGCAGCCUGCAGCUGUAUGCUGCCCAGGCCCUCCGCUCAGACCACAACAUCAAACCUGCAUACCACAGGAAGUUGCGUGUUGUCCCUGCCGACAGCUUCCUGUUAAAUUUUGCAUCUGAUCGAUCUCACAUGAAGAACCCUGAUGGAACGUGGAAGAUGCCACCCCCGCUUUACCCCCCCAUCCACACUGCAGAGUGUCAGAUGAACCUUGAUGACUUCAUCAGUGUGAACCCUGAGGUCGGCUGGGGGAGGGUCUUCAGUCUGGACCACUUCCUGCAGAGCUACAUGGGAAACUCUUCGCCGUCAUCAUCGUCAUCAGUAGCUGCAGCUUCCUCAUCGUCGUAGCUGCGCUGCUUCCAGCUGCAGCUGCAGAUGUGUUUCCAGACCUUUUGUUGGACCAGAGAGCCCCCAUCUGGUCAUUUACCCCUAAAUGGGCUCACCUGUAGACCAGAUCCCUGUCUGUUAGAGAGUGAAAGUACAGCAUUGUGCUGCUGUCUCCAUGGCAACAAAUAUCUGUUCAUUUUCUCAGACUGAUGAUGUCAUUUUGCAUUUCUAACCCCUCACGAUUUACUGAAACUCAGUUUCACUUGAAUUAAAUCCUAUUGAAUGUAUUCGAUUAAAUAUCUGUAUGGAAUGAUGUCACCGUUAUGAUGUCACAGUGAUACUUGAAUCUGAAGUCUUUGUUCUGCACACGCUCAGAUGGGUCAAACCAGGUCACAUAACGAGAGAGGGGUCCACCACUCACGUCUUCACUUACCUGCUGGUCUGGUUAAAUAAUCAGUACUCAGUUCCUUUACUACAGUAGAAGUACUAAUACCACACUGUAGAAAUACUUUGCUACAAGUAAAAGUCCUGCAUUUAAAGCGUUGCUUCAGUAAAAGUAAGUGUAAUCAGGAAAAUGUACUUCAAGUAGUACAUCAACUUUGUUUUAUUCUCCAUUUAAUUUCACAUCAUUUUAUUUAAUUUCUAUGUUUUUAUGUUCAUUCAGUUUUUUCUGUUUGAAGCACUUUGAGCUUCAACUCCUGUAUGAAAGGUU